AUGAUACCCAUCACCAUCAUAACCGGCUUCCUGGGCUCCGGGAAAACCACGCUCAUCCUAAACCUCAUCCCCCAACUCCCGCCCACGUACAAACUCGCCCUCCUCAAAAACGAAUACGGCGACGUAGCCGUCGAUUCCCAACUCGCAACGUCCUCGGCCAUCUCCGGCGUCCAAGAGCUGCUCAACGGCUGCAUAUGCUGCAAUCUCGUAGGACAGCUAUCCGAUGCCCUGGCCACGCUCUCCACCGACAUAAACCCCGACCGCAUCGUCAUCGAGACAUCCGGCUCCGCCUUCCCCGCCACGCUGGCCAUGGAGGUAAACCGCUUGGCGCGCGAGACGGGCCAAUACGUGCUCGACGGCGUGCUGAGCGUCAUCGACGUGGAGAACUGGAAAGGUGAGCGGCGGCUGGAGGAUGUGGAAGAUGCGAUUCUCGCGCUCGAGGUCGAGCCGCAGAUUCCGCGCACGAAGAGUAAAAAGGGCUGGGUGGGCAAGGAGAUUGUGUUUGGGCUGGAUGCGAGGGGGGUGGGCGAGCUGGAUGGGCAGCAACAUGAGCAUGAUCAUGGGCAUUCGAGUGAGAUUGAGGUGCUGAGCGUUACGCUGAAGAGUGGGAAUGGGGGAGGGAGUUUGGACAUUGCGAAAUUUGCGGAGUUUCUGGCUGGUCCGACGAAGGAUGAGGUGUACAGGAUUAAAGGCUGUGCUUCCUCAGAUGCGGAACAGGAUGCGCAUCGGAAGAAUCCCGAGGGCAGAGCGCGGUAUAUCCUCAAUUGGGCAUUUGGACGCUGGACGUUCACCCCUGUGGCUGCUACGGACAGCGUCAAUGAGCCCGAGUUGAGAUUGACAGUCAUGACGGCGCGAUACGAGUCGAACAAGUGGAAGAAGGAAAUCGAAUCGCGCGGGCUGUUGAGGUUGGAAGGCGAAGACGCAGGUGCUUUGACAGUGGAGAAGAUUCAAUGA